AUCUCUCCCCCUCUCUCUCAAGCUGUGAACUGUGAAGCCAUGGCCGCUACAAAAAUGGUCUCUCUGGCCACCAUUAUCAGUCAACCAAAGACCUCUUUUUCUUCCAAAACCCUUCAACGCCCUUUCCCAACUUUCCCCUCAAGGCCUUCCCCAUCACAACUUAGUUUUGGGGUCAAGUUGGGAAAUGGGUUUGCGGCAAAAGCUUCAAUGGCGGUCUCGGAAUCGAGCUUGAAGUCCCCGGUUUCCGACAAGAAGGUGAAAAGUCCCGUAAUUGUGAUCGACAAUUAUGACAGCUUCACCUACAAUCUUUGCCAGUAUAUGGGAGAGCUGGGUUGUCAUUUUGAAGUUUAUCGGAAUGAUGAACUAACUGUCGAAGAGCUAAAAAGGAAAAAUCCUAGAGGAGUGCUUAUCUCACCAGGACCAGGUACUCCCCAAGAUUCAGGAAUUUCAUUGCAAACAGUUUUGGAGCUUGGACCAACUGUACCUUUGUUUGGUGUAUGUAUGGGUUUGCAAUGCAUUGGAGAGGCUUUUGGAGGGAAGAUUGUGAGAUCUCCUUAUGGCGUCAUGCAUGGGAAAAGCUCUCUUGUAUAUUAUGAUGAGAAGGGUGAAGAUGGUUUGUUCUCUGGACUAUCAAAUCCUUUCACUGCUGGCAGAUACCACAGUCUUGUGAUUGACAAGGACACUUUUCCUCAUGACGAACUUGAGAUUACAGCAUGGACGGAAGAUGGACUAGUAAUGGCUGCUCGUCACAAAAAAUAUCGGUAUCUACAGGGGGUUCAGUUCCAUCCAGAAAGUAUAAUCACCACUGAAGGCAAGGGAAUGGUCCGCAAUUUUAUCAAGAUGAUUGAGAGAAGAGAGUCGGAAACUCAGAAUUAGACUAGAAUGUUAGAGCUUAGUUGAUCUACAAAGCAAAAUGUUGGAAAACAAAGCAAAAUGUUGGUUUUUCCUUCUUCUUUCGGGAUCAAAUAAACACUAUUUUACAUAUGUUACAAUAUUCAAUUGUAGACAAUUGAGUUCCUU